AUGGAUCGAUCGUCUGCGAAGACCGACCUUUCUGCAUUCUUAGUCAAACCAUUCAAUCAAGGACGGCUCGCAAGGCCGAAUCAAACGAUGGCCGCGUUUACUCUCCGACUUCCCUCGGGCAGAAAUGCGGGCUGGUUGUCUUUGUUCAGCUUCACUACUGGGAAGCAUGCGCCGACUCUGAUCGGAGGAGUCGUGCUCGCUCUCGUCGCCAGUCUGCCCACACCGGCUUUCUCUAUAUUGCUGGGCCAGAUCUUCAACGAAUUCACCUUGUUCGGAGGCCAGGAGAUCACUAAUCACGACCUCAUUCGGACGACGACGAAGUAUUGCGUCCGACUGGCGGUCUUGGGAGCAAUCAGUUGGAUCUGUAACGGAUGCUACUAUGUCCUGUUUGUUAUCUUCGGAGAGCUGCAAGUGGCCAACGCUCGCACCGAGCUUUUCGACGGCCUCUUGAAGAGGGAUCAAGAAUGGUUUGAGACACAGCAGGAUGGCACUCGGGUGUACCUGUCAAGUCUCCAGGGUCUUAUCGAUGACCUGCAAAAGGCGACGUCGCAGGCAUUCGGGCUUGCCGUACAAUACUUUUUUCGAGCGAUCGUCUCGCUGAUCCUAGCCUUCUAUACGUCCUGGAACCUGAGCUUGGUCACUCUGGCUGGGAUGCCGGUCCUGUCGGCCAUCAUCUCAUUCCUGUCCUCGAAAAUGAAUGCGAGCUUCGAAGCGCAGAAGGUUGAGCUUGUGAAGUCGUCGAAGAUUGUGGACAGCGCCACCACCUCGAUUGAUGCAGUCAAGUCCUUCAAUGGGCAACUCAUCGAGCACCGGAGUUUUGUGGCCAGCAUCGACAAAGCAGCACUGUGCUAUUUGAGGCGAGCACGCUUCACCUCUCUGCAGAUCGCGUUCCUGCGUAUGAUGUCUUUCGGUAUGUUUAUUCAAGGUUUCUGGUAUGGCAGCUCUCUGGCGGCGUCCGGUCAGCUCUCUGCAGGGGAAGUUUUAAGAACCUUCUGGGCCUGCUUGGCAGCAGCGCAGUCCUUCGAAUUCAUCAUGCCACAGGCAGCUGUAAUGAAAAAGGGCAAGAUCGCUUCCCUUGCCCUGCGAAACGCGUUAAGUGAUCGAGCGGACGGUAAAGCCCCGGGUGUGUUAGACGGUGCCAUAUGCCCGGAUGUCUGCCAUGGCGACAUCGAAGUGAAAAAUCUUUCUUUCUCAUACUCGUCUCAACCAGACAGACUCAGUCUGAACUCGACGAGCUUCUUCUUUCCAGCUGGAGAGACCACGUUCGUCAUAGGAAAAAGCGGUUCCGGAAAAAGCACACUUGGGCAGCUACUUGCUCGCUUCUACAUGCCGACAUCGGGUGAGAUUCUUAUCGAUGGACAUCCCAUUCAGACGUUAAGUACGAACUGGAUUCGCAAAAACGUGACACUCAUCGAACAGCGGAGCGUGCUGUUCAACGAGUCUGUUUUCAUGAAUAUCGCAUUUGGAAGCCGAGAUCACAGUCGGCUCCGGAAACCUGACAUUCAAGGAUGCAUUGAUUUAGCCAGGUUAGAGGGGACUAUACAGGCUAUGCCCGAAGGCAUCGAAACAUGUGUUGGACCCGGUGGGAAUUUUUUGAGUGGGGGUCAAAGGCAGCGGGUUGCGAUCGCCAGAGCUCGACUCAGAGAUACUCCUAUAUUGAUCAUGGACGAACCGACAAGUGCUCUAGAUGGCACCAACCGCGUCGAAAUUAUGAAAGCCAUUCGAGAAUGGCGACGGGGCAAGACGACGAUUAUCAUCACGCACGAAAUGUCCCAGAUCCUGGACCGCGACUUCGCAUAUAUUCUAGAGCAUGGCUUGGUAGUGCACGCCGGUUAUAGACAUGAGCUGGAGGAAAACAAACUAUUCUUCCCUUCAAAAAGUAAGAAAGCCACCGAGCAAGGUGAAGGUGAAGAAGAAGAAGAAGAAGAAGAAGAAGAAGAAGAAGACGCAAGCGGCGCGAUGAGCCGGAGCUCAUCGCCUGAGCCAGGCUCUUGUGAUACAUCGAAAGCUCGAAAUAGACAUUUCUAUGACCCAGUGCGAGAUGCAUAUCUCAAGGAGAUGCUGUCGACAGACAACGAGUAUGCCGGUGGGGUGCGAUCCAGAAGACAAAGCGUGUUCGGAUCCAUGCUUCCACUCCAUGCGCAGCGGGAAUCCAUCGACUCAAUUGCCAUGGAGAUGAUAGAGCUCAACACGAUUCAAGUCAACGCAAAGGCACAGCUCAACCGAAUUAGCCGUCACAUUGCUGCCAACAACCACCCGCUUGAUCGCAUUGACGAAAUGGUUGCAGAUGAGCACCCCGAGCAAGUGGCCCGCCUCCUGCCCCAGCAACGCAGGCCUUUACGGAAGAUCUUGUUGACCAUGAUACCAAAUUUGACGAGUGAACAACGUUGGCUGCUGGCGCUGGGAUCUUUCAGCACGCUUCUCCAUGCGAUGGCGACUCCGGUGUUUUCUUUCUGUUUGUCGCAGCUGCUGCAGACUUUCUAUAACAAAAAAAGCCACGCGUCGACGUGGUCUUUGGCCGUCUUCGGGGUAUCACUCGCCGACGGUGUAGUGUCCUUUUUGAUGCAUUACCUCCUGGAUCUAUGCGGUCAGGCUUGGGUCGAUAGUAUACGCAAGAUCGGCUUCGCUCGAACCCUCGACCAGCCCCGCAAAUGGUUUGACGAAGAAGGGAACAGACCCUCCCAGCUAACAACAUGCCUGAACCAAAAUGGCGAGGAGAUGCGCAACUUGGUUGGCCGUUUUGGUGGAUAUCUCCUCGUGGCUGCCACCGUUGCUCUGACUGCGAUUAUCUGGAGCAUGGCCCUCUGCUGGAAGUUGACUCUUGUUGUUCUCGCUUGCGGCCCCGUCAUUUACGCUAUCACUAGAGGCUUCGAGAGAACGACUGGAUUAUGGGAGAGACGAUCUUCUGGAGCUAGAACCACGACAUCGGAGGUCUUCAUCGAGACGUUUUCAGAGAUCCGGACAGUCAGAAACCUGACACUAGAGCCGUUCUUUCACAAGAAGCACUUGAGAGCUGCGGCGGUGUGCAUGACCAUCGGCAUCAAAAAAGCUCUCUACACGGGUUCUCUUUUCGGCCUGGUCGAUUCUAUGAUUAUGUUUGUCAGUGCUUUGAUAUUCUAUUAUGGGGCGGUGCUGGUAUCUUCGGCAGAAUUCAGCGUCGAACAACUCAUGAGCGUGUUUUCCAUGCUCCUAUUCGGCAUUGGAUAUGCAAGUGUGGUUCUUUCAUGGAUCCCUCAAAUUGGCACGUCGCAGGAGAUGGCUAAUCAGCUCUUGCGCCUCGCGGAUCUUCCUAAAGGUAGCUCGCACGAGCAUAAGGGAACCCUCAAGGUCCGCCAAGUCGCACCAGUCAAGAUCACGGGGCUCAGCUUUCGGUAUCCAACCCGGUCCAACGCACUGGUGCUGAAAGACGUCUCCAUCACCAUUCCGAGAAGCUCAUGUACAGCGAUUGUUGGGCGUUCCGGGUCGGGGAAGUCCACAAUAACAUCGCUGCUUCUCAAUUUAUACGAGAGUCCGAAGUCAGCCCAAGGGUGGCCCACAAUUGCUUUAGGGGGCGUUGACAUUCAUCAAGUGCACACUCCAACGCUUCGAUCUCUCAUCUCGAUUGUGUCACAGCAGCCCUCUAUCUUCCCGGGGACGAUCCAGGAGAACAUAACUUACGGCCUUGGAGACUCGUCCCCACUCCACCAGGUUUACCAUGUACGCGCUGCCGCACAGGCAGCUGGGAUUGAUGAGUUCAUUUCAUCUCUGGCCCAAGGCUAUCUCACAGUUAUCGGUGACGGUGGCGUGGGUUUGUCGGGAGGACAAGCUCAGCGGCUUGUCAUCGCACGAGCCCUCAUUCGAAAGCCCCAGAUACUUAUCUUGGACGAGGCCACAUCCAGCCUUGAUCCCACUAAUGCUAAGAUCGUUCGCCAAACGGUGCAGCAGCUAGUCGCCGGACAACUUGGACUUACUGUGCUCAUCGUCACGCACGCAAGAGAAAUGAUGGAGAUUGCGGACAAGAUCGUCGUGCUUGAACAAGGUCGUGUGGUUGAGGACGGGCCAUUCGAAGAGCUGGCGCGCCGGAAUGGCGGGAAACUGAAGGCUUUGAUAGAGGACCCCUGCGAGGACGAUGAGACCGAUGCAUAAAACAGAGGUAAUGUUGUGCAAUAAAGGCUGCAUCGCUGGACGUGAGGCACCUGCGACGAAGAAGGAAGCGCUCAAUCGUCGAUUCUGUCUUUCCCGGAGGCUUUCGCUUUGACCGGCAUGAAAAGUCACC